UUCAUUCAGCUACUUUAGCUUUUAGCCGUACGGCUAACCGCUAGCCAUCAACAUGAGACCCGUAUUUUGUUGUUAAGCAGAAAUGUGCAAACUCAUACUUCUGAAUGGGACAGACGGUUGAUCUUAACCUUCAGCCAGGUAAACCAAGAUGCCUCAGAGUAUUCUCAAGAGCACUCAUUACAUUGAGUUGGGCAGCUAUCAGUACUGGCCCGUGCUUGUGCCAAGAGGGAUCAGACUGUACACCUAUGAGCAGAUCCCAGUGUUCCUGAAGGAGAAUCCAUACAUCACAGAUGGAUACCGAGCGCACCUGCCGUCAAUGCUGUGCCUUAAAAGCAUGUUCGUUCUGUCCAAUGAGACUGUGAACAUCUGGAGUCAUCUGCUCGGGUUCCUCCUGUUCUUCUUGCUGGGCGUGAAGGACAUGGCAACGGUUCUUCCGUCCGCAGGGGCGUCACGAGAGGACUAUGUGAUUUAUUCAAUAGGACUCUUUUGUUUUCAGGUGUGCAUGUUGUGCUCUGUGGGCUACCACUUGUUUUGUUGCCACCGCUCAGAGAAAACGUGUCGCCGCUGGCUUGCGCUGGAUUAUGCUGGAAUAUCUGUGGGGAUUUUGGGAUGUUAUGUGCCUGGAGUCUUCUAUGCCUUCUACUGCAACAGUUUUUGGAGGCAGGUGUAUCUGCUGACAGUGCUGGCUCUGAUCCUGGCUGUGUUUGCUGCUCAAAUUCACCCGCACUACCUCACGCAGCAGUGGAAGAAACUGCGAUCUGCAAUGUUCUGCUCGGUGGCCGGUUACGGGAUAAUCCCGGCCUGCCAUUGGGUCUGGCUCAAUGGAGGAUUUAACGCAGAUAUCGUACAGGUGUUUUUUCCUCGAGUCCUGAUCAUGUAUCUGAUUGCUGCCUCGGCGUUCCUGUUCUACAUCAGUAAAAUUCCAGAACGCUACUUUCCAGGCCAGCUGAACUAUCUUGGUGCCAGUCAUCAGUUCUGGCACAUGCUGGUGGUGGUCAUGUUCUAUUGGUGGCACCAGACUGCCAUCUACAUCAUGAACUACAGACACAAUCAGCCCUGCACAGACAGCAGCGGUUAACACAGAAGUCACAUGAGCAUCAUUACGGUCUUGCAGAUAUCAUGCUUAAAAUCAUCCGAGCCUUGUGUUUAUAUACAACAAACACAUUUGUUUUUGGUGGGCAUUAUUUUACAUUGUGGGUAUGCUUGAGUCGCACAGUGAAACUUUACCUCUCAUUUGCCUUGGAACUCCAUUCCGCAAUGUUAAGUGCAAUCUAUUUUAUUUGUUUAUUCUCUGCCUGAACAAACAUCGGUACCCUUAUCUGUUACUAUAUGUACUUUUUGUAAUGAGCUUUUUACAUGUGGUGUUUUAUGGGGAUCUGAAACUGUACUGGGUAUGCUGUUACAUCACCUCACUUUCCUGGAAUAUUUCUUAUUUAAAUAAUAUUCACUAUCAUUCUUUUGUGGUUGAUGCAUUGUUAUUUUAAGUUUAUUUUAAGUAUAAAAAGGUUUGUUUUGCGUACAUUAAGCACUAGAAACUGGUUUUAAGAUUCAAAUAAUGUGAAAGCAAGCAACGCUGACUGUGAAUAAAGGGUAAAUACUGGUAGACAUGUACUGAAUUAUGAACAAGUACUCAGAACUGUAGAAACUUGAGUUUUCUGUGUUUGUGGUUUUAAUAUUUUGGAAUAAUAUAAACUUAUUAAAAUCUGAAUGAUGGAAUAAAAUGCUUUAUGGUGUUUUAUACAACAACAGGAAAUUCGGAUCAACAAUUGAGAUGUGUUUCAAUGUUGUUGAUGAAUUUAGAGCUGUUUUUCAAAGUUUUUGUGAUGCUUGGAUCCAGAUUUUGGACAUUUUCAUACUGAUCUCUAGAAUAGUGGAGACCAUUGUAACACUUUCCGACGUGAAACCCGUUUACAACUCAAUACAGAAUGACAAUUAUCAGUCUGAAGAGAGUGGAGCCCUCUUCUAUGUCUUGGGGUGUACUCUCACUAGGCAAUCUGAACGGUGCCCGAGCACGUUUGACCCCCAAAGCCCGGUUCAUUUGACUAGUGUGAUCGCUCUGUAUCGCACCCGGGCAGGGUUCGUUUAGCGGUCCCUGGCUCGCUUGGAAGAGGUGGGCCAGAUCCUGAGAGGGAUCGCUUUGUUUAGUUUGCUUCGAAGCAGUCGCAUCGUAAUGAUGAAAGCGUGCCCGGGUGUGGAUGGUUAAGAGCAACGUGAGCUCAUUUAUGCAAGCAAUUAUUUGAAGAUACAGAACAUAUAUAUUUUACUUAUUAUUUGUCUCGGUCUUUCUGGAAAGCUUUGCAGGAUUGGCUGGUAGAAAGGGGUAUAUUUGCUGACGGUUUCACUCUCACUUCACACGUUAUAUUGUUUGGAAUUACCAAAGAGUGCUCCGUUUUGAACGAUUUGAUUAAUAUU